AUGGGAGGUUGGUGUCGCAUCCGUCACCUCUGCGGCGUCCUCAGCUGCCCCUCAAAGGGCUUCGCGUCCUGCGGAGCUUCUCAUGCUUCCUGGCCAGGUCGAGGGUCCGCUGCCUGGCUUCGCGCCCGGCUUCGCGCCGCAGCAUGCGCAGGCCGGCUGAAGGUGGGCGAGAGGCUGCGGCAGCAAUGGAAGCUGAAGGCGCUCCCGUCACUUUUGCACAUCCCCGUGCACCUCCGCCGCUCGGCAACGGCUAUGGACGAGGACUCCAGGUCUCCGUGGGAUCCCGAGGCCGGGCUGCUGGAGGCUCCUGGAGCGCUCUCGCCGACUUCGCCGGAGAUGCGCCUCCGCCGCGUGAACUUGCCCUGGAGAUUUUGGCGCGGCUUCCUGUGGUUCCCCCAGCGCUACGAAGAGACCAAAGCACGAGGUUGCUGCGCCGGCCGCACCCCAGUCUCGGGAGCCUCACUGGCCUCCUCAAUUUCAUCUGGCUCUCCCUGA